GACAGUGUGGAGCUGAGCACUGCAACGGGGGAGGGAUGCCUUGAGGGAUGCUGGAGUCAAGCUCCCCCAAACACUGGGUGCAACUGUAAGCUACCAAAAUACUAGCGGGGAAAUAAUGGGAGAAAAGCAAUGGAUUUCCAGGCACAGAGUCCUCUCCCUGCAUGAAGAGAGGAGCUUGCUGUGAUGUGCUGUGAAUUGCCUUUCCAGAUGCUCAGAGGAGCUGUGCUGCCUUCUAGAGACUAACGAGGGGGGUGAUGAUCUGCAUCCUUGACACAGCAAACUUCACUCUCCCCUUCAGAGCAAGCCAGAAGCUGACUUAAAACUUUAAUUCGUAGCCCUGGACCUCAAGUGACAAGUGUUCCACAGCAUAGAGAAGCUUUGAUUGACACUUCAGACCCUGAAGAUGGGUAGUGGAAGGUAUCUCAAACGACACUGCUGAGCAGACACAGCAGCAGCAGCCUUCACCUAGCCAGGUUCCUAAGCUGAUGGUAAGGCAGAAUUAGGACUAACACAAAGCAAUUAAAAGCAUCAGUGAUUUCCUCUUGAAACUUUAAUUUGAGAGCCUUUGGAAUAUUUAUGUUACUUCAGUAGUGGAUCUUCCCAAUAAGACAGAAAUGAUUUUAACCUACCAUUCCAAUAUUUCUCAUUACAUAAUCCUGGAAAGUGGGAUAAAUAGCCUCAGCUUUGUGUAGCCUCACUUCUGCACCUCAAUGAAAAUGCAAAAGGAGUUCAAUUUGACUUGGAAAUGGUGGCUACUAACUGUGCUAAAACGGUAAAAACUUAGGGAGAAAGGUAGAUUUUCUAACAUGUUUCUGGAUCCUUCUCAUCAUUCCUGGUGCUGCAUUUCUAAGACGUUCUUAAAAACUCUUUUCCCCUGCAAAGCCAAGCAAACGUUGCCUGUGGGACCUUCUGAGAACUGAUCUCACCACUCUUUCUACCUGAAAAGAGAGUGAAGUACAACAGCUCCGCAUGAACGUUAUCAGCCACCCACCAUGGCUUUCCUCCCUGGAAACUCCUCCGACUGCUCCAACUGCACCCACUCUGUGGGGCCUGUGAAUGUUACAAAGGCCAUUUUACUAGGUGUUAUUCUAGGGGGGCUGAUUGUUUUUGGGGUUUUGGGUAAUAUUCUGGUGAUACUCUCUGUAGCCUGCCACAGACACCUUCAAAGUGUUACCCACUAUUAUAUCAUUAACCUGGCUAUAGCUGACCUCCUCUUGACUUCCACUGUCCUGCCCUUCUCAGCUACUAUGGAGAUUUUGGGCUACUGGGUCUUUGGGAGGAUCUUCUGCAACAUCUGGGCAGCUGUUGAUGUCCUUUGCUGCACUGCUUCCAUUAUGAGCCUCUGUAUCAUCUCGAUAGAUAGAUACAUUGGGGUGAGCUACCCACUGAGAUACCCAAGUAUAGUGACAGAGAAGAGGGGUCUCCUAGCGUUACUGUGUGUUUGGGCAUUGUCCCUGGUGAUAUCAAUUGGACCCCUUUUUGGCUGGAAGGAACCAGCACCAGAAGAUGAGACCAUUUGUCAAAUCACUGAGGAGCCUGGCUACGUGUUGUUCUCUGCUCUAGGCUCCUUCUACCUCCCCCUGACUAUUAUCUUGGUGAUGUAUUGCCGAGUGUAUGUAGUGGCCAAAAGGGAAAACAAAGGUCUCACUUCUGGUCUGAAGACAGAGAGAUCUCGUUCUGAAGAAGUCACCCUACGGAUCCAUCGUAAAAAUGCUCCUGAAGCAAGCGGGUCGGCAUCCAACCCCAAGAGCAAGCAUCACUUCUCAGUGCGUCUCCUCAAGUUCUCCAGGGAAAAGAAAGCUGCCAAGACCCUGGGAAUAGUGGUGGGAUGCUUCGUUCUCUGCUGGCUUCCAUUUUUUGUAGUAAUGCCUCUUGGUUCUUUCUUUCCUGCAAUCAAACCCCCGGACACACUUUUUAAAAUAACAUUUUGGCUUGGCUAUUUAAACAGCUGCAUCAACCCCAUCAUCUAUCCCUGCUCAAGCCAAGAGUUUAAGAAAGCCUUCCAAAACGUCCUGAGAGCGCAGUGCCUCCAGAGGAAGCAAGCAACAAAGAAGCAAUCCCCAAGCUUCAACCUCAACCAUCCCACUGGCCAAAGCACAGAAAGUGGCAAAGGUGUGGUCCGGAUCCCUGUCGGCUCAGGAGAAACCUUCUAUAAGAUUUCCAAGUCGGAUGGGGUCUGUGAAUGGAAGAUUUUCUCGGCUGUGCAGAGCAUGCCUGCCAAAAAUGCAGUUUCUAAAGACUGUACUGCUGCCAAAGUGAAAAGUAAAGGUUUCCUCCAGGAAUGCUGCUGUGCAGGCACUUCAAGGAACCUUGUCCAUGAAAACUGUAAAGUGCCAACCAUUAAAAUACACACCAUGUCCCUCAGUGAAAACGGGGAGGACGUCUAAAGGACUGAACGUGCCCAGCAGCACAGGCUGCAAACUUGUGGCUCUGCUAAUGGGGUGUUGCUCUUUGGAUUGGGAAGUAAAUGCCACAACUGAAAGGAUACAGGGGAAACAAACAGCAUACUGUAAAACAGGACCAAAUCUUUUGAGGAGUGAUGUCUUUGAGUGCUGGUAGCCUGAACAAAGCCCCCUAAAGACAGUGAAUGGCUUCAGUGGAUGGUGAGCACACUUCAGUCUUCUGAGAGACUGGCCCCUGCAAGUCACUUGCCUGGCAUUUAAAGGCUUUAUUUUUCACUGUCUUCCCCUGUUCCGAAGUUCCUACUGCUAUGAUUUAAGUGUGAUGGGGGAGAAAGAGCAAACUACAAAGAGCCCAUGCUGAUACUUUCAGACAGCUCCAAGUUUAGAGUCAUUUUGUGAUUCUGCACACACACCCCCAAGCUAAACCUCGAUUCAGCAGCUGGCAUAGCUGAGGUUGGGUGUUAGGCUCAGGUCUUGGGACAGUGUUUACAGAUCUCUGCUUACUUUUCAUUAAGGGACUGUGGACAACAAUGUUUUCCUACCAUGUCUUGCCUCUUGGUGAGGCUCUUGGUGAAGUCCCACACGCCUUGCUGAAGACAACAGGCAGCUCUUUGGAUUUGCAUCUUCAGCUGGGUGGCCUCUUUGGUCUUCCUUCCUGGGCUGCACCAGGUGGGGAAUUGGUCUUCUGUAAUGCCCAUGAGGCUGCUUGUCUUCAACCUGUCUGGAAAGGACAGUCACUUCAGCUCACAGGGCAUAGCAAAACCACUCUCUUGGCUCUUGCCCCGCUUGGAGUGGCUCUAAGUUUCCCUUUGUGCUGUGGGUUUCGGUAAACUCCAUUGCCAAGUGAAACUUGAUCCAAGUGGCUGCACUCCACUUACCCUCAAACCCAACCAGAACUUUGCUUUUUUGUACAACCAACCUCCCAAAUCUCCAAACAAACCCAAAUGGAAACGUGCAUGCAUCCCAGGUUUGUUUGGAAGGUCUCUGUGCUCUGAUGCAGCUCUAAUACCAUUCAAAACUAGGGAAGUCAUCAUCAAAUAAGGCUCAAAGAGGUCACUUUGACUCAUCCAUUUGUUUUCCUUGUUCUGAGUCCAGCAGGGACCUGCUUAAAGACUCAAUAAUUCCUUGCUCAGGUGCUUGCUCGUCAGAUCAGUGCCACACUCACUGGAAAAGCUGCAGACAUUUUACGGUCUCCCUGCUCAGUGUUAUGCUACAUUCCUUUUCUGAUUCCUUCAAUACCAAGUGCUCUAAGCUUUCUAUGAGAUCCUGGGCACCCUGGAGUCAGGAACUUUACCCUCCUUCUGAGCAGUGGGAGUUAAGCAAGUUAAAUGUCUUAAGGAUGUACAUCCCCAUGAGAAAGGGCCAUCCUUUGGGAAUUUGGGAGGAAAGCAUUUGGAAGCAUGUUAUAUUUUAAUACAGCUAAUCCAAAUAAAUAAAUAAAUGAGCUGUGCAGCAUCUGGAAGAAACAGUGGGAGGAAUUCUCUGUACAAUAUUAGAAAUAAGCAGCUCUUGACAUAACUCCUCCUGAGCCUGCCAAGUAAGAAUGCAGCUUCUUGAAACAACACAUAAGCCUUUACUCUUGUCUCAGUGUCAGCUCCUGUGCUGAAUACCUACUGGCUUGAAAAGGGAAACUGCUUGAGAUCAUGUCAGCUUUUACAGGGUAGGGCCUUUAAAGGACACCUUGGCUAUCGAUGAGAAAUCCUUAUUUAUUCAUCUCUCAUCCAGUAUUAAGUCCCCAAUGCCAAGAGAAUUUCAGUCUUCUGUGUCUGUUAUUUCUGCACGAAUCAGGUUUCUCUCCUCCUGUAAGCCCAUAUCUGCAGCUAGAACAUUAUCAGAAAAUUGUCAAAAGUAAAAUCUGAUCCUUGGAGUUCUUGCAAUGCUGUUGUUUUGCACAGUCCUGGAAGCAGAAAGCAACCUCAGAGGGUAAAUGCGCUUCACAUCUAUGCAUGGUCAGGAUACUAAUCAAGCACUACCACUGUAAAUACAUGGGGAGCUCAAAGUGAAAGAAGAGAGUAGAUGGACCUAAGUCUGUGUUUUGGGAGGCAGAACAAGCCACCUCAUUUCCCCCUGCAUUUGGCCGUGUUCAUGAUGCAUUAACAUCAUCAUGUAAUAUCAGUACACCUGGAACCCAAAGUGCCCAUUUACAGACCCUGCUACCUUGCAGGGUCAAAAGUAAAACCUGUAAAAGUAAGAAUCAUGUCUUUGGGCAGAUUCACUAGUAUGGACUCAAACAACACCAGCUUGAUGGAUCUAUAUCAGAAAACAAGAAAGGUGUAAAAGACCUGGUAACAUCAGCAUCUUUUUUCUGCUGUAAUAACUAAGAACACUUCAGCUGAAGAAAAUAGUUCUUUAUUCUGUCUCAUGAAUGCUGCAUAAGAAAGGCACAGAAUGUCCCAAACAGGUUAAAAUUAGAGAAGAAUACAAAUCAAAUCCCUGGAACCAAAACCUUAUUUAUUCCAAAAGCAUGCCCUCAUGGACAGCAAAUCUAUAGCCUCAUCCUACUUUCAGUUUAAGUAAGAAACCCACCCCAUUCUUAAAGCUCUUCUUAGAUUUUCUUCUCAGUAAAGCCUAGAAUUUGAAACUAGAAGUGUCGAAACACCGUGAAACAAAUCUUCUCAUGGUACUUCAAGCCAAGACCAGCAGCAGAAAAGCUGGAAAUCUCAUAAGAAAGUCACGUGAGACUGGUGGCUGGGGUUUUCAGUCUCAGGAGGUUCAACUACGUGGGACGUUUAUUGCAACAAAACCUGAACUCUGAAACCUUUUGAAAAACACCCGUUAAAUUGAGCAAGACCAGCAAGAGUGAAGAUCUCCACUGCACACACUUGCUGCCCAGCCCUGUCUGUACACUUACUUUAUAACUUGAACCAAUAGGGUCAUUUGUGCCAUCUCCCCUUUGGGGCUGGGAGAUUUACACAGGAUCUUUUCAGUCAUUUUAGAUCUGUUGAGGUUUCAUGGUGUCAGGUAAGGGCUUGUUGUGAAGCUGUGCAUAGGCUGGCACAAAUGUAUUAGUCAUCCAAUUCCCAAUAAAUCCUGAUGUAGCAAUAUAAUCUGAAUCUGAAAGAUGAAGAGAAGUAAGUGGUGGCAAUGUGUGGUUAGACAUGAUAGUCACCUUUGGAGCACAGUACUCCUGCCUGUGAGAGACAAAGGUUAGAAUAAUGAAGUCUUGGUGUUGUCUUCAUCCUUUCUGUCAUCAAACAGAUGCUAAAAGACCUCUCUCUGUGCAGUGACUCUAAACAGCACUCAGAGCUCAGCAUUGGGCAAGCCUAGUCCCAGCCACACCACUGCUUCUGUCACAUCUGCCAGCAAAAACAAACACAAUUUGUUUGGCUCACUCAGAGAAUUUCUGCAUGAAAACUGCCCUGUUCCUUUAUUGCAAACAGGGUCAUAGGCACUUGUCAUCUUGAUGGACAUUUGGACUGACAAGUCUGAAAAACCAUAGAAGGAGCUCUAGGAGGGGAAAAAAAAAGCGAGUACAGAUUCAAGCAGCCCAUAUUUUUAUGUUAUUUAAAGUGAACUUGGUGCUGGUAAAAGAGCUGCAGCCACAGAGGCUGAACGUAUCUGUCUAUCUAAAAAGCACUAGUGCUGCAAGAGAUUUCCCAGUGCUUUCCAUCUAUCAUCACACAAAAAAUAAUCCUUCAAUCAGGACUCUGUCACGUGAAAUACGUAGGAGCACAGAACAGAGAGCAGAAGGUGGUCAGAUGGGAAGCGAGAACACAGUGGAGUGCCAUGAUUAUUCCCUCAAAGCCACGUCCAGUGGACCACACUGACCUGUUCAUUGGUGUGUCCUGACUGAAAUCUUUGAGGGAUGCAUAUGGAUCUCACUGUCCUCUCUGUUUAGUAUUUUCCAAUGAGAGUGACCACCAAGAUUUCCAUCUGGAGAGGAGCAGAUAGUCUCUGCUGCAAAGAGUUGGGAGCUGGAGCAUCAUAUAGAUGACUUUUAAUUUACACAGGCUGAGGCUAAGCAGAUCUCUUCCUCACAGGGCAGGGAAAGUUGAGUAUCCCAGUUUCCACAGUUAAUGUUCAUUCAGAUUUACUGUCUUAUGUUUUUGAGGCUUCAUGUACUCUGUAAGAUUAGUCAAAUCCCAAAUACUUAAGAUCUGCCCACUAUUCCAAAUAAAUGUCUCCUUUGCUCUGUCAAGUCCAAGGAUACAUUAUGUAUUGUGUAAAAGAAUGUUUUCAUUUGCCAGGCUUCAGUGUCUUGAAAAUCCAUGGCACUGAAAACAAGAACUAUUAAGUUAGGAGUAUUUCUUGCUUUUCUACUCACUAGAGUAAGCAAAUGGAUUUCACAAACCUUCUUCAGUCUUUCUUGCAAAAUGUUCCUGCCUGACAUUUUCAGCUCUCUGACAGGUAACAAUGACAGACUGGAGUAUCAUGUACUAGUUGAAUUAGAUUAAAACAAUCUUAUUCCUUUGCUGAAGUGGAAGUUGCUUAGUUCUAGGUAUGCCUGUUGGUCCCAUGUUGACUAGCUCCUGUCUGCAGCUCUGUUUUAAGAUAAAGGCACAGAGUGACUCAGUGGUUCGCACAAGGAAGGUUUCAGCUGUCCCAUGUUGAAUCCAUGCUUGGUAAUUAACUCUGUAUCCUACUCAGAUACCUUCACCUUCUUUCCUCUCUUAAUAUUGUUUGGAUAAGCAAGACAAUGCUGAAAAACAACUUAAUAGGACAGGCUGUUGACACCAAUGAUUUCUGGAUGAUUGCUACCAACAACAGAGGCAAAGAGAAGAGCCAAUGAGUCUUCAAGAUGUUACAUUAAGUUCAAGGUGUAUUUGGGACCUGUACCACGCAGUGUCAUCGUUUGCCAGAAGGAAAAGGGGCCUAAUAACUCACAAAAGAACUGUUGUAAUGGGGCAGCUUUGUGUAUCUGCUCUCUAUCUGCUUUAUGCAUUCUUUAUACUUGCUUCCGGCCAGCUUCUGCCCAGAGCCUCACUAGAAUAUCAGCCUUUAAGUUGUUUCCCAAGAAACCCAAGAGUCAACUAGCACUUUCUAUGAAUUAAUCUAUUCAAUAUUUAUUCUGUUUCUUGCCUAAUUAUAAUGAAACUCACAGGGAUGAAGUUAGACUAUCUAACCAGACAAAUCCUGUCUUCUCCUAUCAGUGAGUGCUCAUAAGUAAACUAAACCUCCAUCUGUAAACGGAGGCUCAUCCAUAACCAUAAUCAAAUCCUUUUUGAAGGUAUUUCCAAGCAAAAUAUAUGACAGCAAUACAAAAACCCACGCCUCUACAGAGAGAAAUUGUGGUGCAUUAAAAUAAAGAUCUUCCUCCCUGCUUGAUAAAUGCAAUUGAAUCGCUUAUUUCCCAGGAGGAGGUUAAGCAUUUGUAUUAGGGAUUCGAGUGAAAUGUCAUGCUUUCUACACAGAGCAUGCUGUGUAUUUCUCAUACUGACAGAGGAGAAAAAUAGCGAGUGUGAGCUAAGGAGAAAUGAAUUGCUAGAGAGGAGAGCUGUAUAUUGCAAGCGACUAUCAUGUAAGAAGUGAUGGAUCUUUUAGUUCCAUGCCAUGCUCAAAGAUCUAGUUAAUGCAGAUCACUUGCUGUCUGUUAUACUGAACUCAAACCCAGGCUGAUGAAUAUCCUCUCCUUUAUCAUCACAGUAACAUUAAGAUCUUUUUCAGAGUUAAAAAUGCUCAAGUGUUAAUACUGAAAAGUAAAACUGGUUUUCCAGUCCUCAUUGUUUUGGAUUGAAUGACAAAACCUUCUCGCAUUGAUCCAAAUUUCUUCCACCGUCUGCAAAAUCUCAGUCCUUGUAAACCAGUUUCUGAAGUAAGAAACCACAGAUUUACCCAGCACUUCAGCAGUUUUCCACUUCAAAGGCAAUUCCACUCAGCUAAUGAUCACAGUAUCAUUGUUUUAUGAUACAAAACCUGUUCUGAAUACUCAGUUCUACUUAUUGACGUUCAGACUGUCGGAAUUGUGUGCAAACUGGUUUGGGCUUUUUUUUUUUGCUUUGCCAGUCUUUGGUUCCAAAAAUGUUGUAUUUUCCUUCUGUCUGCUGCAGCAUUUUGCCUGCAUGUUGUACAAGUUUGGCUGCCAGUGGUUCUUAAAGGUGUUUCUUGGAACGGGCACUGCAUUUUCUGAUCACGGUAUUCCGAUGUCAUGGAAAACAUGCUGUUUUUCAAGGCCUGUUGUUUAUUGCACGACAUGUUUGAACAGUCAUGCUGGUCAUUUUCUUGAACAAAACUGAAUGUAUAUGACAUAUUGCUAGGUGAACAAAUAAAUUAUUGGGGGAAAUGUGCACUU